AUGUCUAUACCAUAUUCGCCGCGUCGGCCUAUGCAUCAACCCCCUCGCGCACCCACCCAAAACAUCCUCCUCCUACUCAUCGCCUACCGUCUCGUCAAUGCUUUUGCCGUCCGGACCUUUUUCCAGCCAGACGAAUACUUUCAGUCAUUAGAACCCGCUUGGAAAAUUGCAUUCGGCGAGGACCAAGGGGCCUGGAUAACCUGGGAAUGGCGAAACCAACUACGAUCUUCACUACACCCUCUACUCUUUGCUGCCCUUUACAAAGCUUCGCACUACCUCGCAGCGUUUCUUCACGUUUCUCCUGCAACGCGUGCGGAGCUCCUGAUUGCCGCCCCGAAGACAGCGCAGGCCGUUAUCUCGGCUAUCGGUGAUUUCUACACUUGGAGGUUUGCGGUUCGCGUCUAUGGAGAUGAUUCUCGUGGAGCUUGGGCAACGCUGGCUGCCACAGUCCUCAAUCCCUGGCAAUGGUUUUGCUCAACCAGGACACUGUCAAAUUGCCUCGAAACUACACUCACCAUCGUCGCAUUGGAUCUUUGGCCAUGGCAAUGGUCGGCGAGCUCUACGGUCGGCAAUGGCCGCGAUAAAAUCACCGGCCAAAAGAAGGGCACAGACCGAAGUCGAAGUCUGAUCCAUCGGUACGACUGGUUAUCCAGCAUGAUGAUCGCAGCCGCUGACGCGCCUUGCAGCCUCCACAAAUGCUUACCGCUAGCGGCGCUCGCAUGUAUCCUGCGACCAACCAACAUUCUGAUUUGGGCAACUCUGGCCAGCAUCGCUUGGCUGCGGACCUCUUGGGCCCAACGCAGAGUUCUUAUUGCUGAAGUUAUAAUUUGCGGAUCGGCGAUCCUAGCAGUAUCCUCCAUUGCGGAUCGUCUCUUCUAUGGAUUUUGGACCUUUCCCCCGCUCAGGUUCCUAUACUUCAACAUCGCACAGUCACUGGCUGUCUUCUAUGGAAGCAAUAAUUGGCACUACUAUGCCACUGAGGGAUAUCCACUUCUACUCACCACGCUGUUGCCUUUUGCCGUUAUUGGUCUGUAUCAAACGUUGAAAACUCGCAAUUCCUCCGUGGGAGACCACGUGCAGUCGGCGAUCCGAGUCCAAUUGGCGACUGUCUGUGUUGUGAUGCCGCUUGCUCUCUCCUUGAUCUCACACAAGGAGGUACGCUUUAUAUACCCAUUGCUGCCCUUGCUGCACAUCCUGGCCGCCCCGCCUUUGGUACAAUUUUUCUACCCAGCUAUCUCCUCCCCGACUUACCCACGCCAUCAACCCCGACGGCUGAUUUUAAUCUUUCUGGUGCUUGCCAAUGUGGUUGUUGCUUUAUACACUACGCUCUACCAUGCAAGAGGUCCAUUAAGCGUACUCUCCUAUCUCCGCCAACAACAUGAGCUCCAUGGCGUGCAAUCAACAAAGGAAAUCCCAGAAUCAGUUACACAAGUGGGGAUCUCCGCUGGCUUUUUAAUGCCAUGCCACAGCACCCCCUGGCGCUCACAUCUAGUAUAUCCAACAAUAAACGCAUGGGCCCUUUCCUGCGAACCACCAAUCAAUAUGAAAGCAACCCAAAAGGCCGAAUACCGAGACGAAGCAGAUCAAUUUUAUGACGAUCCAGCCAAGUUCCUACGCGAGAACAUGGCCGGCGGCCUCCGAUAUACCCCCCGAAAACCCAGCUACACCUUGAAAGAAGAGAACCCCGACCCAGAGCUACACGAAUGGCCCGACUACCUCAUCUUCUUCGCACAGCUUGAGCCAACUCUCCGAACCCUACUGCGCGCCUCCUCAUACGACGAAUGCUGGCGCACGCACAACACCGACUGGCAUGAUGACUGGCGGCGACGCGGCGACAUCGUCGUCUGGUGUCUCGACACGCAAGAGCAAGACGACUGGCGCGAGGAGCACCACCGCCGCAUCCAGCAAAGUCGAGACAUGCAAUUCGACCGCAUUGUAGCAUCGUUCGCGAAGCAAGCGAGCAACCAGCAAAAGCGCGGCUGGAAGGCUCUUCUUCCGUCGACUGCUUCGUCCCCGUCGACUUCGACCUUCGAUUCGUGGCGCCGUGCGAUACAGGCGCGCUUUUCGCCAAAGCCGGCGAGAUUCUCGUUUGCUUGGCCUUGGAGGCAAAAGUCGCGCUGGGAAACCUUUUUGGCUAGAAUUGGACUCGCGCAGCAGUCUUCCUGGUGGACGCGCUGGGUUCCGGAUUGGUUGACGCCUAAGAAGAGGAGACCGACCGAGCGGGAACUUUUCUCUUAA